AUGCGCUUAAUUACUUCCACUUUAUACUCUUCGCUUCUUUAUGGAGCUUUUGCUCUCAAUGUGGGCCCAGGAUACAAUCAUGCUAUAGAAGAUCUCGACGUCGAUCUUCCCUUCUCUCAACCUGUCACAUUUGCGCACCUAGAAUGGCAACGAUGCCUCGCAGCCUCGCAUGACAAGCCUCUCGAUAUCGCGCUGCUAGGUUUCCCCUACGAUACUUCAACCUCAUAUCGCCCCGGAGCCCGAUUCGGUCCACGAGGCAUUCGAGCAGGAUCCGCCCGAGAGAAAAAAGGUCGCAGCUACAAUACUGUUUAUGGCGUAGAUCCAUACGACGAGGGUUUAGAGAUCAUCGACUGCGGCGAUAUCCCAAUCACGCCUUUCGAUGCUGCACAUGCUUUCAAGCAAAUGGAACAGGGAUACAGACAGGUACUAUAUCAUCCUACUUCUGAUGGGAACUCAUGGGAGCACCCUCGCAUUGUCAGUUUGGGAGGUGAUCACUCGAUUGUUUUGCCGAUUUUGCGAUCAUUGAAAACUGUCUACGGACCAAUUUCUGUUAUUCAUCUAGAUUCGCAUCUUGAUACAUGGGAUCCUUAUGAGGGCUAUACUGGCAUUGCGUCCAACCAGUCGGCGAUCACUCAUGGAACAUUCUUCUGGCAUGCCAGUCGAGAGGGUUGUAUCAGCAAGGGGACUAGUGUUCAUGGUGGAUUGAGAACGAAACUUUUCGGCUCUAAGGAUUAUGAGAUUGAUCAAAGUGUCGGAUUCACAAUCAUCGAAGCGCACGAGAUCGAUGACAUUGGCAUAUCUGGAAUUAUUGAGAAAAUUCGCAAUACUGUGAAAGACACACCCACUUAUCUUUCCAUUGAUAUUGAUGUUCUCGAUCCGAGCAUCGCCCCUGCUACCGGAACACCAGAAUCAGGUGGCUGGACCACUCGUGAAUUGAAAAGAUUAAUCAAGGGUCUCGAGGGUGUGAAUCUGGUUGGUGCGGAUGUUGUCGAAGUCAGUCCGCCGUAUGACACCGUCGCCGAAACGACGUCCGUUGCUGCAGCAGAUUUGAUUGUUGAUAUUCUUGCAUCGAUGGUCAAGGUGAAGGAAGGACCCAAGAUGAAGACAACAAAGGAUGAGCUUUGA